AUGACAAGAGCUUAUGCUACACAGGCCCAAAGUUUCUACUUGUUUUCCUGUAACGUUUGCUCUAAAUAUAACCAAGUUUUGCCAGAUGUUGCCACUACCCAACAAUUCGACAAAGGUUCCUCUUUGGGUGCUGUUUUUGCCCCAGAUGGAUCAAAAAUCACAGAAAGCGUUUCAGAUGACUUCGAUGGUGUUACAAUCGCUGAGCUCGAUAUGGAUGCUAUUAUCUCACAAAAGAAUCUCGUCGAUGUUGUCGGCCACUACUCUAGACCAGACUUGUUGUCUUUAACUCACAACAACCCUAAUGACGAGCACGUCAUUAAGAAAUAG